AUGUUCAUUCGUGGGGAGAACUUCCUCCGCAAAUUUGACCCUAUGAUCCAGAAGACCAUGACCGAUCGGUAUGAGGCUUCCGGUGUCAAGCUUCACCGUAACCACUCCGGAUUCAAGGAAGUGCAACUCAUCCGUGACGGCAAGGGCAAGGAUAAGUUGCUCAAGCUCAUUGGCCAUGACGGCUCUGAGCUUGAGGUGAACGAGCUGCUCUGGGCCGUGGGUCGUGCCCCCGAGGUCGAGGACCUGAACCUAACUGUUCCCGGCGUCAAACUGAAUGCCGGCGGUCACGUUGUGGUUGACGAGUACCAGAACACCUCGGUCGAAGGUGUCUAUGCUCUUGGUGACGUGACAGGUCAAGCCGAGCUGACCCCAGUUGCCAUUGCCGCCGGUCGUCAACUCGGCAGCCGUCUGUUUGGUCCCCCGGAGCUCAAGUCAUCCAAGCUUUCAUACGAGAACAUCCCGACAGUCGUCUUCUCCCACCCCGAGGUCGGCUGUGUUGGUCUCACGGAGCCCGAGGCCCGCGAGCGCUACGGUGAUGACAAGAUCAAGAUCUACCACACCAAGUUCACGGCCAUGUUCUACGACGUCAUGCCCGCCGAGGAGAAGGCCAAGAACCCGACUGAGAUGAAGAUAAUCUGCGCCGGUCCCCAGGAGAAGGUUGUCGGCCUCCACAUCUUGGGCCUCGGUGUCGGUGAGAUGCUCCAGGGCUUCGGUGUCGCUGUGAAGAUGGGUGCCACAAAGCAGGACUUUGAUAGCUGUGUUGCUAUCCACCCUACUAGCGCCGAGGAGCUGGUGACGAUGCGGUAA